UACAGUACUGUAGGGUAACUUAUGCUCCAUGAUUAGGUACAUCUAUUAGUCCACAUUAUGUGCUUUAGCUCGCUUUUUCUAGUCAUAUUUUUAAUAUACUUUACUACAAUUAAAUAUUUUUAAAUUCGCGCUCCAUGUCCAGAGUUUUAUGCUCGGUGUCCUCCGUCAACCAGGGGUCCCCGGGCAACUGUCAGUCCUCUCUGCCCGGUCAUGGCGGACCUGCACGGGACGGGGGACGGGACCAUCCAGAGGAGGGACCGGAGACCGGAGGGAGGAGCAGCCUGGGAUGAUGACGUAGGAUCGGAAUGAGGGAGUGAAUGUUCCGGGUCAGAAACUGGACGGGAGAGGAAAUAAACUCCGGGACGACACGAAAAAAACCGACAAUGCUACCCUCCUCUUUACACUGAGAUGUAGUCUGUCUUUUUUACGAUAAAAAAGAGGGAUUUUAAAACCGGCGGGGGGCGAGUGGAGAGAAAAAAAAAUUAAACAGGUGCCUACAAACUAACCAAAGUGAGACAACGACGGAGAGUAAUUCCCAUGUUCGUCGCGACCUAACUGACGUUAGCUCGGUAACGUUAUUUACGGUUUGAGUUGACGGCGCUUUGCUUGCCUGUUUUGAGUUUACGCUUUGCUUGUGUUUGACGGUGAAUUUAUUUCCAGAGCUGUCCCGCCGUAGCAAUCUGUUGCAUCCCCUCCUCCUCCUUCUCCCUGCUGUUUGUUUAUCGCCCGGGUACGAGAUUUAUCGCCAGCUCCUCCGUGAUGUUCCACUGUAUACCCCUGUGGCGGUGCAACCGUCAUGUUGAGAUGAUCGAUAAACGUCACUGCUCCCUGCUGUAUGUGCCCGAUGAGAUUUAUCGCUACGGACGGAGUUUGGAGGAGCUGUUGCUGGAUGCCAACCAACUCCGAGACUUGCCCAAGCCAUUUUUCCAGCUGGUGAAACUAAGAAAACUUGGCCUGAGUGACAAUGAGAUCCAGAGAAUUCCACCAGAAAUCGCCAACUUCAUGCAGCUGGUAGAACUGGAUGUCUCUCGAAAUGAUAUUAUGGAAAUUCCAGAGAGCAUUUCAUACUGCAAAGCCCUCCAAGUGGCAGAUUUCAGUGGAAAUCCAUUAACAAGGUUACCUGAAAGCUUUCCAGAGCUGCGGAAUUUAACAUGCCUUUCCAUCAAUGAUAUUUCAUUGCAAGUUCUCCCAGAUAACAUUGGAAACCUUUCCAAUUUGGUAUCACUAGAACUCAGAGAAAAUCUGCUGACAUUCCUACCAGACUCACUAUCACUGCUUCACAGACUUGAAGAACUCGACCUAGGCAAUAAUGAGCUAUACAGUUUGCCGGAGACAAUAGGCUGUCUUGUCAGUUUAAAGGACUUGUGGCUGGAUGGAAACCAGUUGGCUGAAAUACCUGCAGAAAUGGGCAGUAUGAAAAGCCUAUUGUGUCUGGAUGUAUCAGAAAACAAACUGGAGCGGCUUCCAGGGGAGUUAGGAGGCCUGGUGUCGCUCACUGACCUGCUGGUGUCUCAGAACUUCAUUGAUGCUCUACCAGAAAGCAUCGGAAAACUACGUAAGCUAUCUAUAUUGAAAGCUGAUCAGAAUCGGCUCACUUAUCUUCCAGAGAGCAUUGGGAACUGUGAAAGUCUUACUGAACUCGUGCUCACAGAGAACCAGAUACAGAGUAUGCCAAGAAGUAUUGGGAAAUUGAAGCGACUUUCCAACUUCAACUGUGACAGAAACCAGCUAACAUCAUUACCUAAGGAGAUCGGCGGCUGCAGUGGUCUUAAUGUCUUCUGUGUACGAGAGAACAGACUGACAAGGAUACCGUCAGAGCUGUCACAAGCCACAGAGCUGCAUGUGUUUGACGUUUCUGGAAAUAGGCUCAUCAACUUACCGUUGUCACUGACCACACUACGACUGAAGGCCUUAUGGUUGUCAGAAAACCAGUCACAGCCCCUCCUCACCUUUCAGACCGAUGAGGAUCCCGACUCAGGCGAGAAGGUGCUCACCUGUGUGCUGCUGCCUCAACAGCCAUGUGAAUCUAACAAUAAAGGCUCUGAUAAUCUUGCCCGCUGUGGAGCCCUGGAGAGCCUGGUGAAUGACAUGGCAGACGACACGUGGGACAACAAAGCCAUGAACAGGAUCAGUGCAAUUCACUUCCUGGAUGAUGAUGAUGAGGAGGAUGAUGACAAGGGAACACUACUUCGACGGGCCACGCCUCACCCAGGUGAGCUGAAAACGAUGAAGAAAGCAGCUGAGAACCUCCGCAACGACCUGAACGCUGCCAAAGGCCUGGACUCCAACAAAAACGAGGUCAAUAACGCUGCAGACAGAGUGACCACGUCUGUGUGACCUUUUUACCUCAGAAAUGUUUCUUACCUCCUGUGUCUCGCCAUGUCGUCCUGCACAACCCCGCAGCCCUUUUUUUUUCUUUUACCUACAAACCCUCGGUGUGGCCUGCCCCUCCUCUGAUUAAACCCUGGGACGCCUGUAACCUUACUGUGUAAAACGUUUGUGAGUCGGUCUACCAGGGCUGCUGUGCCUUCCUGUUUUUAAUUCAUGUCCACAGCAAUAAUCUGCACAGAGAUGCUCCUUUUUAAAAGAUAUUUUAAAGAUUUAUUACUUUUUUAAAUGCCUCUUUUAAAAAAACAUACAUUAGAUAGUUGCACUAUUAUAAGUCUUUAUAAUAUGGUCAAACCUUCUUAAAUGUAUUAUAUAUAUAUAUAUAUUUGUUCGAUAUCUAUUUUUAAAACACUGGGUGAAUAUUUCUUUCUACGUUUUGGGCAAACAUAAAAGCAGGAGUUUUUGGACCUACUGAUUAAGGAUUAUUGUAUAGUCUCUUGUGAAUAUUGAUACUUUUAUACUUUUUUGGCAGCUCAGAUGUAAAUAAAAAUGUAUAGCAAAUUUCUUAAUCAGUUGCAGAUUUUUAAGCUUUUCUUUUUUCUUUUUUUGAACUUGGUACCUUUUUUUAAAAUCAAAGCAAUGAACAAAACACAGUCACUAAUGUCUUAUUCAAUUCAUAUGCUUAUCAUUGGGUGAGUUGGAUGGCCUUGAAUCCUUAUUUUCUGUAAAACAUCUUGGCAAACUUUAGACUUACUUUUGAUAAUAAAUAGAUUUGAUCAACGAAUUAAGUUUGGAUUUUAA